CUGGUUGAGAGGGAGGUGGGAGAAGAGGCCAGGGAGAGAUGAUUGGGGUAUUGCCUGUAGCAGUGCAACAGGACAUUUAAUAAUUUAUAUAGAUUGAUGAAGUUGACGCCCGUUACCAAUCACCGCGCCCUUCCUUUCUCCAACCUGGUGCUUGAGGAGUCACCAGUCAUGCAUCUGAGGUUGGGAAGUCAUUUUGUGUGAACUUCACUCGACGGUGAGAUGAAGGAGAGGUAAAUAGUGAUGAAUAAGAAAGGGAUGCUGAAUUUUUUGCAGUCCCUCUAAGACGAAGGGCAUCCUGUAGGAGAGGGAGAGAGAGAGAGAGAGGACAGGGGAUGGCUGGACAGCUUCCUGGUGUAGAAUGUGCAAGGAGGAGGAGACUGCAUCAAGGAGGAAGCUUCCUACCAGGGAUAUCUGUUGAUGGUUCUCAGAUCGCCGUGGAGAAGAGGGGAACAAGGCACUCAUCCUUCUGCUUGCACACUGGCACCAGCUACCAGCCUUCUUCUCACCAGAAGCACCGUUUCCAGCAGGAUAAGGGCUUGAUGAAUAGAGGCGAUACACUGGCACAAGUUGCAAGGGAAGCAAAAGAAAGGCUGGACGAAAGAUUGAAAACUAGGGGGAACCCAGCAGGCAACAUGAUAAGGGUUGAGGAUGAAGAAAUCGAGUCGAGGCUACUGAUAGGUCCUUUACACUUACAAGUGUUUGGUUCAAAGAACGGACGGAGCAAGAAGAAGUUCCAGUGGAGCAAGUUUGGCUGGGGGCGCCCCCGCCAUGAAGAGUGUGCAGUCUGCCUGGACCAUUUCGAAGCGGGCGAGCUCUUGGUGCACCUUCCCUGUGCCCACUACUUCCACUCCGCCUGUGUCAUACCGUGGCUCAAGACCCAAUCGAUCUGCCCUUGUUGCCGAAAACAGAUCCUUCUGUUUGAAAAGCCACCCAUUUGGGACUAAAAACAUGCUGAAACUUCUGCUAGCUAGUGAAAUUACAGAAGCGAUUGAGGAAGAAAGCCUAGUGUUUCAUGUUGAA